UGUUUUUGUGGAGCGGUUAGUCGUUCAGUGUAAUCGCGUAGGUUAUGGCAAUGUUACCAAGGACUAGACACAAAAAGUUAGUUUUAGGGUUUAAAGUGUUAAGUUUGGUUUCCGUUUCGGUUGUUUAUUUACUAAUAAGUGUAUUUUCGAGUGAACAGCGGUCAGAUACUUACGAUGUUCUAGAUUUGAAGAUGAAAGAGGAUAUUGCUGGGGCAACCAUCAUGGCGGUGGCCAACUCCAGUGCUGAACUAUUUAUUAAUUGUGUUGGUACAUUUGUAACCGAAGGAGAUUUGGGAAUUGGUACAAUUGUCGGAUCAGCAGUAUUUAACAUAUUAGCUAUACCAGCGAGUUGCGGUCUUUUUGCAAAUAUGGCAAUGGAUAUUGAAUGGUGGCCCAUAACCCGUGAUAGUACAAUGUAUGGUUUUGCAGUAAUUGCUUUAAUUGUAGUUUUAGAAGAUGGCACAGUUCUACUUAGUGAAGCUAUUGCUUUAGUUGUGUUGUAUUCUCUAUAUAUUUUAUUGAUGUGUUUCAACAGCAGCCUUAGUAGGAUAGCUCAUAAAAUAGUUGCGAAAAUCAAAAGAAGAAAUUAUUAUGUGGAAGUAAUGGGAGAAACGCAUCCUCUUCUAUACAGGAAGAAUGGUAAAUAUCAGGGAAUUGAUGAAAUUCUUCAAGAGGAAAUAACGCUUGAGGACUGCGAAAAACUUGAGGAAUCUACAAAUAUUUGGAUAUGGCCCAAAGAAGAGACAAUAAAGGGAAAGCUUUGGUGGAUAUUUACCUGGCCCAUAUCAUUUUUUCUCUUUUUGACUAUACCAGACUGUAGAAAGCAUCCCAGAUUGUAUGUGAUUACCUUUUUUAUGUGCAUUAUUUGGAUUGGGAUCACUUCCUACAUAAUUUCGUGGCUAAUAACUGUUAUCGGUAAUACAUUAUCCAUUCCUGAUUCAGUAAUGGGGCUGACAUUUUUAGCCGCUGGCACAAGUGUACCUGAAGCUGUUUCCAGUGUUAUAGUAACUAAACAAGGACAUGCAACAAUGGGAUUAAGCAGUUCAAUUGGAUCUAACACUUUUGACAUAUUGUUAUGUUUGGGAGUACCUUGGUUGAUAAAAGCUGCAUUUUAUCCAAAAAUACCAGGCUCACACUUGGUAGAAAUUCAUUCUGAAGGUAUUAAUAUUUGUACAGGGGCACUAUUGUCUACACUUGUCUUGUUCUAUGCAUCUCUCUCCUUUAACAAGUUUAGACUCGAUUGGAAGGUUGGGCUAACAUGUUUAUUGAUCUACAUGGCAUUCAUAGUGGUAGCGUGUCUGGUGGAACUGAACGUCUUCUUCGUGGUCAACAUACCCACCUGCGAUCAGUGAUAUUUACUAUUUAUUGUUAUUUUUAAUGUUACGUCUAUUUUAUUAAUAAUAUUACAGCUGUUUUUUUAAUAAAACUAUUAAUUUUG